ACAUAUCUGUUGGACUAUAAUUUGACCCAAUCACACCAGGACAUAAAUAAAAAUUAAAAAUGACUAAUACUAAUUAGACAUACAUAAGAAUUCUCUAUUAAAAAAUUUAAACUUACGCCCUAAUCGAUACCCUGACGAAUUGAAAUUUUUCUUAGACCACCGCUCCUGACAGUAAAUUUGCAGCUUUCUUAGCUGCUAAGGGAGCUGCUUGGGGAAUGCAUAAGAAACUUCCUCGUCUUUUCUUUAUUUCUUUUAUUUCUUUUUUCUUUUUUCCCUUCCUAUAUUCAUUAUAGCAUUUCACAGUCGAGCCGACAAGAAACAAGGACUCCGAUGUCAGCAAUCCAAACAAUUUUCACAAUCUUGCUGCUCCAUGCUUUAAUGGCAGCUUCAGAUCCAGCCGAACAGAGCUUCCUCCAAUGUCUUUCUGCCCAUUCUCAGCCCUGCCCACCAAUCUCUUCAGUCACCUUCUUUCCCAGCAACUCUUCCUUCACAACAGUCUUGCAGUCGUACAUAAGAAACCCCAGAUUCACGUCACCGGCAACCCCAAAACCAUUGUUCAUAGUAACCCCCACCCACGUUUCUCACAUCCAAGCAUCGAUACUCUGUUCUAAAAUCCACCGCCUCGAAAUCCGGAUCCGCAGCGGCGGCCACGACUACGACGGCCUUUCAUAUGUGUCGGCAGCCCCGUUUAUAAUCCUCGACAUGUUCAAUCUAAGAUCUAUAACUGUGAACAUGCAGGAUGAAAGCGCUUGGGUCGAAUCUGGAGCAACGCUCGGCGAGCUUUUCUAUAGAAUAGCAGAGAAGAGCAAGAUCCAUGGCUUCCCGGCCGGCGUUUGUCCGACAGUAGGUGUCGGAGGCCAUUUUAGCGGAGGUGGGUACGGUAACAUGAUGAGAAAGUAUGGUUUGUCAGUGGAUAAUAUCGUUGAUGCGCAAAUCGUUGAUGCAAACGGCAGCGUUUUGGAUAGAGAAUCAAUGGGGGAAGAUCUUUUCUGGGCCAUUAGAGGAGGAGGUGGAGCUAGCUUUGGCGUCAUACUUUCUUGGAAAAUCAAAUUGGUUGCCGUUCCAGAAAUUGUCACGGUUUUUAGAGUAGAAAAAACCUUGGAACAAGGUGCCACCGACAUUGUUCAUCAAUGGCAAUACGUUGCCGACAAGAUACAUGAAGAUCUGUUUAUCAGAGUUGUUGUGCUGCCGGUGAACAAAAAGCCCCAACAGACAAUAAAAGCUAAAUUUGUUGCUCUGUUUCUUGGAACUGCAAAAGAUCUCAUUGCUUUAAUGGAUCAAAGUUUCCCUGAAUUGGGUUUACAGCGGGAGGACUUGAUAGAAAUGACGUGGAUCGAAUCGGUGCUCUAUUGGUCCAAUUAUCCAACCGGAACUUCGCCAGAUGUUCUGCUCGACCGACAACCUCAAUCAGAAAAGUCUUCAAAGAAAAAAUCAGACUAUGUCCAAAACCCGAUUUCAAAGAAGGAUCUUGAAGGGAUAUGGAAGAAGAUGAUGGAACAAAAAAAGCCGGCGCUGACAUUGAAUCCUUACGGUGGAAAAAUGAGUGAGAUUUCGGAGUCGGAAACGCCAUUUCCACACAGAGCAGGGAACAAGUACAAGAUCCAAUACUCGGUGACAUGGAAAGAAGAAGGCGUGGAGGCUUCAAACCAGAACUUGGAUCGAAUACGGCGGCUUUACGAUUAUAUGACACCGUAUGUGUCGCGGUCUCCGCGGGGUGCAUAUCUGAACUACAGAGAUAUUGACUUGGGCAUCAAUGGCGUCGGUAAUGCAAGCUAUGCAGAAGCUAGUGCUUGGGGGAGUAAGUAUUUCAAGGUGAAUUUUGAUAGGUUGGUGGAGGUAAAGACUGCUGUGGAUCCAGAUAACUUCUUUAGAUAUGAACAAAGCAUCCCAUCCCUUGAAUGUUCGACACGUGUAAUGGCACAAUAGAGUCCCCGCUUUGAACGGGUCCGCAAGAUUAGCCUCCACCUGAAGUCGUUCAAGUUCUUGCGUCUUCUCCUGAAUGAGCACCUCGUUGGAUUGCACAUUUUUUCUGACCCAUAUCUUCAGCGUCUUUUGGCAUCUUCGGAGAUUUCCAUGAAUAGAAAUCCAUGGGU